AUGGUUGGAUUUGGACCUGCAGAUGUGCCUCCAUCAGCAGCUGUGAAGUUUGUGGGAGCAGGAACUGCAGCCUGCAUUGCUGACCUGCUCACCUUUCCUCUGGACACCGCUAAAGUGCGGCUGCAGAUCCAAGGAGAGGUCAGAGCCUCAGCAGCUCCAGGGAAAAGCCCUGCAGUGACAUAUCGUGGAGUGUUUGGCACCAUCACCACCAUGGUGCGCACAGAGGGACCUCGGAGUCUUUACAGUGGACUGGUGGCCGGACUGCAGAGACAGAUGAGCUUUGCCUCCGUCCGCAUCGGUCUCUAUGACUCUGUUAAACAGUUCUACACUAAAGGCUCUGAUCAUGUUGGCAUCGGCAGUCGGCUGCUUGCAGGAUGCACCACAGGUGCCAUGGCAGUUGCUUUUGCUCAACCUACAGAUGUGGUAAAAGUCCGCUUCCAGGCCCAGGCCAGGUCUGGUGAGCAUGCUAGACGCUACUGCGGCACCAUUGACGCUUACAAGACCAUUGCUAAGGAAGAAGGUGUUCGUGGACUAUGGAAAGGUACAGCCCCAAACAUUGCACGCAGCGCUAUCGUUAACUGCACAGAGCUGGUGACAUAUGACUUCAUCAAGGACAUGCUUCUUAAGUCCACUGCCCUGACAGAUAACCUGCCCUGCCACUUUGUAUCGGCCUUUGGUGCAGGGCUGUGCACAACAGUGAUCGCCUCCCCUGUGGAUGUGGUCAAGACAAGAUAUAUGAACUCUCCUCCUGGCCAGUACAGCAGCGUCCUCAAGUGUGCUGCUGCUAUGAUGACCCAAGAGGGACCACUUGCCUUUUACAAGGGGUUCAUGCCAUCUUUCUUGCGCCUGGGCUCCUGGAACGUGGUGAUGUUUGUCACAUAUGAGCAGCUGAAACGAGCCAUGAUGGCAGUGAAUCACCGCCACACAACUAUAUAAUCACUAUUGUCACAAGG